AUGCACGAGGAAAAGUCUGUGGUCUAUCAAGAAGAAAAUAUGUCGGUCAAGGAUGAGAAGUUCGAGAACGAUGUACUGCCUGUCGUCGACGACCAUUAUGACACGAAGUUCGAAAAAAGAGUCCUCCGCAAGAUUGAUGUUCGCCUUCUCCCCAUUCUAGGGGCGCUGUAUACCAUCUCCCUCGUUGAUCGAAGCAAUAUCUCGGUGGCCCGGAUCUCCGGGCUGGAUGAAGAUGUCGGCCUCGACGUCGGCAACCGUGCCAGCGUCGCGUUGAUGGUCUUCUUUAUUGGCUACGUCAUUUUCGAGAUACCCAGCAACAUGUUUAUUCACCAUGUCGGAGCGGCGAAUUGGCUAGCCUUUAUCUGCUUUGCCUGGGGUCUUGUAUCCAUUGGCAUUGGCUUUCUGCACAGCUGGGCCGGCCUUGCGGCCUGCCGCGCCAUCCUGGGGAUUCUGGAAGCCGGUUUCUUUCCCGGAUGCGUCUACCUGGUUUCUUCUUGGUAUUGCCGAUACGAGGUCCAGAAACGCCUGGCAGGCUUCUUCCUGACCGCGUCCGCCCUGAGCGCAUUCGCAAACAUCCUAGCCUAUGGCAUCAUACAAAUCGCAAACCACACGAAGUACAAGGGUUGGCGAUGGAUCUUCAUCAUUGAAGGAGCAAUUACCUGUGUCGCAGCGAUCAUUGCUUGGUUCAUCAUUAUCGACUUUCCGCACUCGAAACGAAACAAAUUCCUGUCCGCAGAGGAGAAGGAAUUCGUCAGGGCUCGACUGGCAGAUGAUCGUGGGACAGAAGAGAGAGAAAAAGUGACGAUGAAGGUUAUUCUCAAGACUGCAGCCGACUGGAAAGUGUGGGCGUUUUCCUUGAUGUACAUGUCCGGGGCCGUGGGCGUGUAUGCCUUCCUCUUUUUCCUCCCACUCAUCCUGCGAAAUGGGCUCGGGUAUUCCCUGGAACUUUCGUUUGUUCUCUCUGCUCCGCCGUCUCUGUUCUCCGUCAUCGAGGCCAUGUUCGUCUCCUGGCUCGCCGACAAGACCAAAAGGCGAGGCCCAUUCGUCAUCUUCCAGGGAUGCAUCGGUAUUAUUGGGCUCUGCAUGACCGGUUUCCUCGAUGCCCCCACUCCCCGGUACAUUGGCACGUUCAUGGGAGUGUGUGGCGCCAACGGACUGGUGGUGACGACGCUUGCAUGGCAGCAGAACAACAUCGUCGGAGACAGCAAAAGAGCCGUUGGGACGGCAAUCUUGAUCAGCGUCAGUGGCGUGGGCGGCAUCUACAGCUCUCUGGUUUUCCGGCAGCAGGAUGCCCCCAACUACCUACCUGGGAUCAUGGCUGUUAUGGCUACUUGUAUCGCCACCGUGAUCAUUGCAUGCGGCACCAUCAUCGCCCUCAGUUGGCAGAACAAGCAAGCGGAUAGGGGAAAGAGAAUCAUUGAAGGCCGAGAAGGGUUUAGGUGGACAAUCUAGGGGAUCCGGGUUAAUGUGUGACCUGAGGAAGCGUGUGAUUUCUCUUUCGACGGAGCGUAUGCCUG